AUGUUGCCGCAAGCAUCAUCUACCAAUGCCCGAUCGAAACCAGUACUGGACCGGUUCUCUCUUGAAGGCAAGAUCGCAGUCGUCACUGGCGGGGCGCGAGGCAUCGGGCUAAAUGUUUCCUAUGCUCUCGCUGAAGCCGGAGCAGACGUGGCUAUUGUCUAUUUCACGACAAAACAGGCCCCUGAUAAUGCGCAAGAAUGGGCGCGCGAGACCGGUCGGAGGGUGCAAGCCUACCAAGCAGACGUGCGACAUCGUGAAGCCAUCGGCACCACCCUCGACAAGAUCGCGGCAGAGUUUGGUAGCGGUCGUAUUGACAUUGUGGUGGCGAAUGCAGGCGUGUGUACGGCCAUGACCGCGUUGGAAUACACGGAAGAAACGUGGGCAAGAGACAAUCAAGUCAACUACGACGGCGCAUUCUGGAUGGCACAAGCAGCAGGGCGGGUAUUCAAGAGACAAGGUGGAGGGAGCCUGGUUAUUACGGCAUCUGUCAGCUCCAAGCUCGUUAACGUGCCUCAGCGACAGGCGGCGUACAAUGCUUCAAAAGCAGCCGUGGCACACCUUAGCAGGUGUCUGGCGGUCGAGUGGGCGGAUUUCGCAAGGGUCAACUCUAUCUCGCCCGGAUAUAUCCAGACUGAAAUGGUUACCAAACAGCCCGAGUCAUUAUUGGACAGCUGGCUUGCAAUGAUCCCAGCGAGACGACUAGCAAAUCCAGAUGAGCUAAAAGCGGCGUACAUGUUUCUGGCCAGUGAUGCAUGUCCUUACAUGACAGGUGCCGAGCUCUUCAUAGACGGCGGGUUUUCCUUGAACUAG